AUUACUCAAUUAUUAAAUAUGACUAAAAUGGCCACUUCUUCUACAACCAUCUCCUUUGCAUUCCUUGCUUUUACCUUGUGGUUAAUGAUCUGUACCUCUUCAGCACAACUCACACCCAAUUUCUACUCAAAGAGUUGCCCAAAAGUCUUUGAUGUUGUGGGCUCAGUGAUUCGAUCCGCUGUUGCAAAGGAGAAACGUAUGGGUGGUUCCCUCCUUCGGCUCCAUUUCCAUGAUUGCUUUGUCAAUGGGUGUGAUGGGUCGCUCCUGCUAGACGAUACGCCUUCGUUCACUGGGGAAAAAACCGCUGCGCCAAAUAAUAAUUCUGUUAGAGGGUUUAAUGUGAUCGAUGACGUAAAGUCGAAGGUUGAAAAAGUUUGCCCAGGUGUGGUCUCGUGUGCUGAUAUACUGGCGAUUUCAGCUCUUGAAUCCGUUCUUGCUUUAGGUGGGCCCUCUUGGAAGGUUAAAUUAGGAAGAAGAGACUCCAAAUCAGCAAGCCUUGCAGCUGCCAACAGCGGCGUUAUUCCGCCACCGCAAUCCACCCUCAGCAACCUCAUCAACCGCUUCCAAGCGGUGGGUCUUUCCGCCAAAGACAUGGUGGCGCUCUCAGGCGCGCAUACAAUCGGACGAGCACGGUGUACAACUUUCAGAGCACGUAUCUACAACGACACCAACAUCGACGCUUCCUUCGCCAAAUUACGGCAAUCAAACUGCCCACGUCCGGCGGGUUCCGGAGACAACAACCUCGCACCAUUUGAUGUCACAACGCAGGAUAAAUUUGACAACAAUUACUACAAGAAUUUGAUCAGCCAAAAGGGUCUUCUCCGGUCAGACCAGCAGCUGCACAACGGUGGUUCCACCGAUUCCUUGGUGGAGCAGUACAGCAAAACCCCCAAAAGUUUCAGUGUGGCUUUUGCUGCCGCCAUGAUCAAGAUGGGUGAUAUUCGUCCCCUCACCGGCUCCAAAGGUGAGAUCAGGAAGAAUUGCCGGAAAGUUAAUUCGUAAUUUAUUGAAAAACCUUGUGUUUUUAUUUCCAGAGUUUGAACUUACGAUUUAAGUUGUAUUUUGUUUUUUUAAAUAAAGCUUGGUGAAAUGUAUUUUCUGUGAUAAAAUCAA